AUGUCUCUGAGCAUCUCAGGACGAGGAGACCCCCACUUCUAUAGGUGGUCCGACAUUAAGAAAUUAUUGGAGGAAAUACUACCAAAGCAUGGGAGACCACCAGGUCGCAAGUUAUUAGAGAUUGAUGCCGGACUUUUGAUUCAGUCUGAAUACGACGAUAUCGGCCAGAUUGAUCUAUCUCACUCGGAUCUUGAUGAAAUCCAGCAUAGUGUUGUAUUUUGCCACAAUGACCUGAAACCUCGCAAUCUUCUCAUCAGAAAAUCAUCAUCUGGAAAAUACGAGCUUGCUGGUGUGAUUGACUGGGAAAUGGCGGGCUUUUCCCCCUUCGCUUAA